AGAUUAUAAUACGAGAACAGGCCGGGCAGAGACACUGAGGCACGGCCAGACGGGGCCACACUUUCAGUGGUGGAUGGAACUGAUCAAACUCCCAUAUCUGGACACUGCAGGAAACCGAUUGCCCCAAUGAACUCCGAUGGAUCAGGCCCUGGGUCUUGGCUCAGGAAACGUGCUUCCCAUCAAGUCCUAGUCCCAGCUACCAUCACAGUUUUGAUCAUCAUCAUCGUUACUCUAGCAGCACUUUUAGCAGUGGAAAAAUCCAAAUCACCUCUGGCUGCUCCGGGCCCCCCUGCUGGGCCCUGCUGCCCGGACGGCUGGAUCGGGUACCGAGGGAAAUGCUAUUAUUUCUCAGAGACUGACGGGAACUGGACCUACAGCCAGAGCCAGUGCUCUGCACUCAACGCCUCCCUGGCUGUGAUCGACAGUGAGCAGGAAAAGGAUUUCCUGCUGCGCUAUAAGGGCUUCCUCGACCGUUGGAUCGGCCUCCAGAGGGAGCCAGGCCAGCCCUGGAGAUGGCCCAAUGGCACCGAAUUCAACAACUGGUUUCUGAUAAGAGGAGGUGGCGACUGUGCUUUUCUGGUGGACGAGGGUUGGUUCAGCAGCUCGCGGUGCAGCACAGGGAGACGCUGGAUCUGCAGCAAACUCGAUGCCUGUACAAUGGGGCAGGAAUGUAUUGUGGAGUCAAAACUUUGAGACUCUUAGGAACCAGGCCUGGAAAAGCUUUAUUGGGGACACACCUGCCACUACCUGAAGAUGAAGGAGGCUGGGUCUAUAUUCUUUAUAGACUCUCCCCAGGGGCAAAUAGGUCUCCAGAGUUAGAUUCCUUGGGGCUAGAUGAUAUUUUCCCUUUGCUCAGUUUAAUGCCAUUAGUUUGAGUUCUCUGCCCCCACAUGGCUUCUGCUUAACCAGCCUCUUCCCUCCUUAGGGUUCUCCCCUCUCAGUUCGUGGCCCAGCACAGAGGUUCCCAAACUGGUAGAGGAGCUCGUUGGAAGGGACACACAGUAACAAGCUGACUCCUUUAAAUGACGCUGGUCCAGCCCCCCUGUGCUAGAACAGGUGUUCCACAUUUGGCCAGUUAAGAGGGCAGGGCAGCGCUUGGAGCUAUAGACUGGCCAUGGAGGAGGAGGUCCUUGAAGGAAGUUACGGGAUGUUGCUAGGGGAAGGCUGAUGAGGGGAUUGGCAGAUGGAUUUACCCGCUGAUGUCCCCAUGCUGGAGCCAGAGGGAGCUGAGGGCCAGCGGAGCAGUGGCAGGGCCGAUCUGCUAGAGAUGAAAGGUAACAGAACAAGGCGAGUGCUGGAUAUUUCCCUGGUGAGGAUGAACUCCCAGGGGAGAGGCUGUGGGGGUUGCUACUGGGAAGAGUGGGUUUGCACUCCCACUGGAACACCCGGGCUGGCUGACAUGGCAGAAGGACAGGAGAGGACCAAGAGCAGCCCAGAUGUGGUGGAAGACACUAGAGUGUGCUCCAUUGAUGGACCAGAUGUCAUGGGAUUUUAAGGACUAUAUGCGCUGGGGGUGAUAAUUGGACUCUCUUUUGGAACCUUGCCGUGGACUAAAUAAACUGAGCCUAGGGAUGGGUCUCAUCUGGGUGGAUAAGCUGUGACUUUAAAAAAAAUCUGAAAAGAUCAAAUUUUGAUUAUUUAAAUUAAAACAGAUUUUUUUUAUUUAUUUUUACAAAUAAACUUGUGUUGAAGCCUAAACAUGUCCUUAACAAUAAGAUGUUACAUAUAAAACUUAAUACUAAGCAGGACAUAUUUGCUGCCAUGUUUUAAUGACAGUCAGACACUGAACUGCUGGAAAGCCUGGGCUAAGCACCUGGAACCAGAGUUUGCUGAAGUGCUAAACCAACUUUUGACAGCAAUAGCCUCUUCUGUAGGUGUAGAGAGAAUAUUUUCUUCUUUUCAGUGUAUUCAACUAAUUCAUUUAAAGUUAAGGAACCACCUGGGGAGUUGGCAAACUAGUGUUUCUGGUUGUUUUUUUCCCCAAUGUGUGAAUAAAAAACUAGGUGUGAGAAGACAAGAUCUACUAGUUCUAAAUCCUGAGGGACAUGGUGACCAGAAAUAAAUAAUCAGUUCAAUUCACUAACUGCAGCUACUACUGCCUUUGUUUAAUAAAUCGGCUUUAAAUGCAAACAAUGGUUUGAUAAGAAAAUAAGUUUAUGUAUCAAACACAGUUAAGGUAGUUUUUUUAAAUAAAACAUAAAAAUGCUGAUUUUUGUGCACUUUUGAUUGAAUGUAUAUCCAAAUAGAGCUUGACUUAAAUCACAAGUAAAAGAUUAAUCUAGUAAUAAAACAUGUACAAAUUAAUCUGAAUAAAUGUACAGUAAGCUCUAUAAUUGCUCAAAUGCAUGUGUCUAGGUAUGGUGUAUCCUCCUGGUUAGCAAAAAGAAGCACCACAUUGAGUGUAAAGGCUGUAUUUAAAGACAUGCUCAUCUGAACUCAUGGUUAUCAACCAAGACGAAUUCAGGAAAAUAAAAAGUACAAAUGCAAAACAAUUUAAAUUGAUGAUUUAAAUCCAGGGUUCCUGUUUGCUGAUUUGAAUCAUGCUUAAAAUUGUUAAUUUAAAAUCAAAAGUGAUUUAAAUUAAUCCACCGUGGGUAUGAUAGAAACAAGAGCCUGUCACACAGUUCUUAAGGAGGAGGGCAAGCGGGGAUGGCAACCUCAGUGCUGUGGGGGCUGAGCCACAAGGGGGCACAUGGGGCUGAGGUGGAAUCAUGUACAGUCCCCUUGAAGGGGUGAUGGAGCCUGGGGCCAGCAAACCCUGCUCCAUCACAUGGCUCCGUUAAGGAAAGAGGUACCCAAAGAAGCAGCAGACCAGCUGAAGAAGGUGGCUACCGUCUUAACAUGCUAACACCCAGCUGUUAGGGUAACUGCCAGGAAGAGGCUGAGGGCAGAGAGCCUGAGGAGAACUGCAGGGGAACCUUGAGACUCUCUGGAAUAGGAACCAGCACUGAGACUGGGGAAGCCAGCUCGAAUUGCAGCACAGCCCUGAGGAGAAGGGCCGUGAGGUCCCUUAACCACGGGGAGGGAGUUGAGUCAGGUACCAGGGCAGGAGGAGACCAGCAGGAAGGACUCGCUGGCAAGGCUAGGGACUGCAGUGGGACUGGCAGAGCUCUCUGGGCGGGAGGUGGGUGGGACAGGAAUCUAAAGCCUUGGCACAAGAGUGAAAAUACUCCCUGGGAGCAGUGUGUGCCUCAGGGGUACAGUGUACACAAGUCUCCUGUAGGAGCAGAGACAGA